CAGAAAAGGGGGAAACAAGGGUCAUGUUGAAGAAGACUUUGAUUGAUUGUUAUCAGCACAACUGGUGGCAUUCACCGGAAAUAGCACAGUAAUAAUCUUCUUACCUUGCGGCAGGAUUACCUCUUAGGGUGAAGUUCCUGAGUGGUAUGAGACAUACGGAUUGGGCGGAAUAUCUGAGUCUCACGCACCACCCAGUCGGGAGCUUUGGCAAAUUGAUCUUUUUCAAGAUCACUAAACUUUUCCAUUGAGAGGGUCGAAUUUCACUCAAGAUCAGAACCAGCUAAUGAGGCACAGCAGCAAUCCUUUCAAAAGAGGAAAAUUUUGCAGCUUUUGAUAGGUACGAUCGGUGACGGGCUCCGCCGAUCCAAGGCUUAAUAAGAAUUUACACACGAAACAAUGCACCUGGUACCUCUUUAUAUACUUGGCAUCUCUGUUCAGCUUCGUGCAACGCAAUCUUCUCCUAGACUCAACAUUAAAUCUCCAAAGCCAGAACCUCAGAGCAGAAGCAGAAAUGGAGUCGAUCAAUGGACAUAGCAAAGCAUGCUGUAACAUCCCACCCGUUGUCUCGAAGGGCUACGAGAUCAAGGGCAAGUAUGAAACCAUUGGAGGCUUGAAGACUUAUGUCACUGGUCCUUCGACGGCUACCACUGCCAUCUUCGUGAUCUACGAUAUCUUUGGCUACUACGAGCAAACCCUCCAAGGCGCAGACAUCCUCGCAACCGCUGAUCCAGAGCAAUCUUAUCAAGUCUUCAUGCCCGACUUCUUCGAAGGCGUUCCAGCCGACCUUGCCUGGUAUCCACCCACAACUGAGGAGCAGAAGACCGCAUUAUUUGGCUGGUUCGCGACUCGAGGCCCUGCAUUGGGCGUAGAGAAGACCCCCAAGAUACUCGCUGAUAUCGAGGCCGCGUAUGGGAAGAAGACAUGGGCCGCUCUCGGGUUCUGCUGGGGCGGUAAGGUGAUCUCUCUCACCUCAGGCCCGUCCACGCCCUGGACAGUAGCGGCACAAUGCCACCCAGCAUUCGCCAGCGCCGACGAUGCAGCGAAGAUCACUAUCCCUAUGUGUAUGCUAGCAUCCAAAGAGGAGGAUGCGAAGGACGUGAAAGCGUUCGAUGAGGCUCUCGCAGUAGAGAAGCAUGUCGAGACUUUUGAGACCCAAAUCCAUGGAUGGAUGAGCGCGAGAGGGGACUUGGAGGAUGAGGCUGUAAGGAAGGAAUAUUUGAGGGGGUAUGAGACGCUGAGUAAAUGGUUUGGGAAGCAUAUUGGGGCACAGAAGGCCAAUUUAUAAAGUCUGUUUGGCGCUGUAAAAAGACACCGAUGGAUGAUAGUUUAGAUAGAGAAUGAAAAGAUGCUCGAGAGACGCAAG